GGUAAAUCAAAAAAAAAAAGUGUGUUUCGGUCUCUGGCUGGUGUCGUCUUAUUUUUCUUCUGCCUUUGUAUACAUUUUGAUGUGAAAUUAGUCUGCUGCCAUGAAUGAUGGUUUGGGAAUGCUAGGUGUGCUGCCAAAGGCUAAAGAUGCACGUGUAGCAUGCAAGAAGUGUGGUUAUCCAGGUCAUCUGACGUUCCAAUGUCGCAACUUUGUACGUGCAGAUCCCAGAAAGGAUAUCACUUUGGAUGUUAGCAGUACGAGUAGUGAAGAAAGUGAUUCUGAAUUAGACUCGUUGUUGGAAUCUUCGUCAUCCUCUUCAUCAGAGGACAGAAAAGCUGCCAAGAAAAAGAAGAAGAAACACAAAAAGGAGCAGAAAAGAUCAUCCAGUAGAAAACGUGAAAAGAAAUCUAGAAAAAGACAUGUAUCCAGUUCCUCUGAGAGUGAUACUGACGAUAAUGACAGUGCAGAUCAACAUCGGAAACAUAAACGACGAAAGAAACACAAAUCCAAUCAUGACAAACAUAAGAAGACUAAACAUAAAAAGAAGGAAAAGAAAAAACACCAUCAUAAAUCGAAGAAGACAAAAAGAAGAUAUUCUAGUAGUGAAAGCAGUGAUUAACAAUAAGUCUGAUGUUUUUAGAAAAAAAAAAACUUUUUAUUUGCAUAAACAGGAUUAAAUACAACACCCAUUCAUGUAUGAAAUGUACAUUUUUACAAAUUUAAUUAAAUAUUGUUUUUUACAAAAUCAAA